AUGUCGAAACGCAAUCCUCGUACCGCACACCCAUCAAAAUCAAUCUGGCGUCCUCCUCUACAAGAAGAUUCCUUCCGACGGAAUUUGGUGACGCUUGAGGAACGUACGAAUGCUGUUCCGAUGGCGCCUUUGGCUUUUGAUGCUGAGGUGUGGAUUAGAGGACGAGAGAGUGGCGGGGAUGAGGAUCAUAUUCUACCUUUGAAAGUGGAGCAACAGCUAGCCGAUGAAUUCGCUUCGCUGGCUGCUGUUGAGGAGGGGGCGCAGAGUGUGGCGGCUGUUUGUGUUGAGGAAGUCAGUCGUUCGUUGAGUGUUAAUCCAAUGCGAGACGAGUGCGAAAAAAGAAAUGGAAACGGAAACGGGAAGCGAAAAAGUCUGAGACUUCGGUUCGCGGCUCUCGAUACGACGCUUGAUUCAAAUAUCAAAUCGUUACUCCUUGACAUGUCGGCUCUUCUCUGCCAAUUUACUUCAUCCGAGGAAGGAUGUGUGGAAGCUAUUUUCGAGAAAGUCCUCGCACUGCAUCAGAGGAGAUUACUGGCCCGCUUGCGCAGUAAGAAAUGGGAGAAACCGAAAUAUCUAGCUAAGUCCCAUAAAAAAGCUCUCUGGAAGGACUUCGUGAAUCUGAAACAUAGGACGCAAUUUCUUUAUAGUAAGAAAGAGAAGAGUUCACUGUCUUCCAUCCUGGCUUCUCUUGAUUCUCUGGCCAAGAUUUAUGCAGACUUUGAAGUGAUUGAGGAUGAGGGCGAGAGGUUGCGGGAUCUUGUGAUCAAGAGUUAUGAGUUUAGUGUUUCUGGAGAGGCGAAGGGGUAUCUUAAGAGGUUGGAGGAUAGUGUGGGGAAGGUGGCUACUAGUCAGGUUUCUAGUGCUAUCAAAUCAUUGAGACAGAUCCAGAAGAUUGGAUCUUAUCGGAGGAUUUGCUACUCUCUUGUCAACAUCUCGAGAGCAUAUAAAGAGGUGUUUGAGGGAGGAAUAGAAAUGGAGUUCCUGAGUGGCCAUGAGGGCGUGGAAACGAGUGUGGGGUAUGAGAGUUGGGCGGGAAGUAUGCAUGUCCAUGCCGAGAUUCAACUGUGUGUUUUCUAUGACUUGCUCUUUCAAUCUUCGGCCGACAAGCCACCAAUACAUGCUAAGCCAGGUUUCCCUAAACCGAGAGCUAUUGGGAUAUCGAAAUCCCUGUGUUUCCUCUGUUUCCAGUUCCUGCAAAAGCACAAAGAGUUUUUUCCAAGUCGGACGCAUGGCAGACUUUACGACCAAUGGACUGUACCGGAUUUAAAGGAGUUCUCAGACGAGAUGGCCGAGAAAUAUACGUGCGUUUUAAGCAGUGUUGAUGCGGAGGUUCGGGGAUUAAUUGAGGAUGAACCAGAGGGUUGGAGGGUGGAACCUAUGACUAGUCUAGAUGUCUACUUUUGCGAAUCAGUAAAUACCUGA